AUGGAAGCGCUCGACAUACUAACAAACUCCACUCACGAGUCGUCGUCGCCGCCACGCGGCCAUUCCAUAAGCAACGAAACCCCUCGGUUUGGGUUCGACAUGGCCCCCGCUCAGGCCUGCCAGCCUCCUAUUCCGCACGAUAUCGACUUGGAGCCCAACUACGAGCUUGGAUUGCCCGACCUCCCGGAUUUGCAGCCCAAACAGUCGCUCGAGUCAAUGGGCGCCACGCUAGACCUCGCAGACUUCACUCCCCCACAGCAACAUUCUCCGCUGAGUGUGUCGCCAGAGAUCAAGCAGCCGUCUGACCAGCCGGACCCCGACCCGCAGCCGCAGCCCCUGCAACACGUCUCCCGCACACCGGCAAAUGCCGCUGCGGACUCAAAUGCACAGCCCAGUUCUGGCUCGACUCGCACAUUUUGCCAGACUACGGCUCGUCCUUCCUCUGUAAGCACCUCAACAAUGUAUACGAGAAGACCGGCAUGA